AUGGGUCAAAACAAAGAUGACGACGAGAUCGAGAUCGAGAAUCCUAGACAAGGGCGAUUGGCUGGUCAACAUGCAGCCCUUCGCCAACAAAUCCGUAAUGAUCCAUCCCAUUGCAAUAUGGAUCAACGUCUUAAUCCAACAGCAACACACUUGAUGGCAGCAAAUCAAGCAAGAAGCACCUUCAUGCAGGCAGCAGCACAAGGCCGUGAAAACUUUGAGGAUUCUCAUCGUGAUCCUAUGCUGGACCAUCAUCGCAGCACUGGAAACUUCAGUAGUGCAUUGGCCGACCCUCGACAAUGCGGAGCUCAAGCUCAAUCCAAAUAUCACCCUGAGUGUGGCAUCCUUCAAUCCGGUUCAGGAUCUAUGACCAACGAUACACCAGUCUGGGAUUUCAACCCACCCAAUCGAUCUCAACCCCGUAAUCCUCAUAUCAUACCGAGUCAGACUUCAAAUGAGCUGCCGAUCAAGAUGUCAACACUUCGAGUCUUUCAUGAGGCCUAUCUACAUGGCCCAAAGGAUAAACCGAGCGCAUCAACUAGCAGAGCUCCGUCAAAACGAACCCCUGAAAAACUCGGAUGGAACUGUGACAAAACUAAAAAGGAAGAUACUGGACCCAAGCAUUACAUCACUGUUGAUUUGAAUCAUUCAUCUCCUCAGAAAGUCAUAGAAUUGAUAGUUACAUCCCUUGACCGAGUACUACCCAAGCUUGCAAAAGUACAACCUUCACAAUAA